AUGGUUAAGGAAAUGAUACUCAGCCAACGACCGCCUUUUCCAACGACUUUUAUUUUUUCAGUACGAUUUUCAGACGAAUUUCUUGAGUUUUAUCGCUUGAAAUUGUUUGAAAAUAGAAGAGAAACCUUAAUUCUAUCGAUUUUUGCGAAAAAAUCUGGCUCGAAACGUUAAUUUUUCGAUUUUUUAAUUUUUUUGUAUAGAAGCUUGCAUUUUUAGUGUUUCGGACGGGUUCAAGGUGAUUUCUGCUUGAUUUUUGGUUCAAUAAAGCAUGAAACGAAUUGCGAACACUCAAGACUACUAGUGAAUAGUAAAUUAAACGCCUUUCAUACCCGUUUUUUUUGCAGAGCUAUUCCUUGCCAAAACUGGAUUUUUAAUCAUUCUGUUUUCCGGAGAAACUUUUAAAAACCGUUUUUGAGAACUUUUUUCAAUUUUUCACAUAAAAACUCGGAAAUCCUCGCGCUUCCAUUAAUUGUUCCGUAAUUUUUGAUUGUCAGCUUUUUUAUUCCAAAGUGUCGCAUUUUUGCAGGUAAUGGCGCAAAUCAUGAAACGCGGAUUCUCGACGAGCGCGGCUCUGGCCAAGGCUCAGCAGCUCGUCAAGACGCCAAUUCAGGUGCACGGAAUCGAGGGGCGCUACGCCGCCGCGCUCUACUCUGCCGGACACAAGCAGAACAAGUUGGACCAGAUCGCCGCCGACCUGAACAACGUGCGCGCCGUCUACAAGGACAACAAGAAGUUCCAGGAGUUCAUCCUUGACCCGACUCUCCAAGCCUUCAAGAAGAAGUCCGUCAUCGAGGCCGUUUCUAACAAAUUGGGACUUUCCAAGGAAACCGGCAAUUUCCUCGGUUAGUUGGGGCGAAAUUGAUGUGAAAAUCAUUGAAAACUCUAUGAUAAUAAUAUGUUUUGCAGGACUUUUGGCCGAAAACAAACGUCUCAACAAGCUCGAGUCGGUUGCCAACUCUUUCGAAUCCAUCAUGCGCGCUCACCGUGGAGAACUCUUUGUUCAGGUAGAAACAUAGCCCAAAAACACCCAAUUUUAUCAAGUAUUGUAAGAAUUCUCGGAAAAGCUUUUUUUUUAGGUGACCUCUGCCGAAGAACUGAGCUCGUCGAACCAGAAGGCUCUCUCUGAUGCCCUCAGCAAGAUCGGAAAGACUGGCCAGAAGCUGACGGUCAAGUACGCAGUGAAGCCGGCGAUCCUCGGAGGACUCGUCGUCACGAUCGGAGACAAAUACGUCGAUUUGUCGAUUGCUUCCCGCGUCAAGAAGUACAAGGAAGCGCUCGCCACCGCCAUCUAA